UACAGUUCAAGUGAAUAGAGAUCAUCAAUCGUGAUCUUUAGAAAAUUCUAAUCCUAGAUCCAUUGUUUAAUAAGCUCCAUAUUUUCAAGGACUAAAGAAUGUAAGUGAUCGAGACUGAAACUUUUAGAUUCAAUUCAUCCAUGCAAUGCCAUUCAUCAGUUAUCAAGAUUUGAAUACGAUUAAUUUUUGAUAACAAAGUUUCAUAAUUCAAAAAGUUAAAGCUGAUGUUAAACGUUUUUUUAAGAGAUCUUCGAUCUAAAGAGUUACAUUCCAGAUUUACAAAAAUCAAUUAUUGCCAUUUUCUGUCAAUAUCCUACUUUGUCUCUACUGAUUUCAAGUCAUAUUUAUAAUUUCAAAAAAUGUCAAUAAUUUAUUGAAAUCCAUGGUUUAAUGAUAUCAUUUCGAGUCGAACGUGAAACUCUUUAAAAAUGGAAGAUACUCGAAAUCACGUCGAUAGUACUUAUAAGCAAGGGAAACAAUCUCAAUUUGCUUCGGUUAUAAUAAAACCUGAUCUCAGGAUCUCAUGUAGAUUUUAAAAUCUCAUGAUUUCAAUUCAUAAUUUGUUCAAAAUUCUUAAAAUUGUAUUAUUUUUGUUUUUGGAAGGAAUUUGUUCUUAUCCUCAGUUAAUCUAAGUCAAGAUGUUUCUUUAUUUUGUUCUACUGUUUUAUUAUAUAAAUUCAAGUACCUCUAACCUUAAAGCUUGCGUUAAGCACAGAAGCAAGCAAUAUAAUGUGGAAUAAAUGUUGCCUUUGUUUUUAUUAAAUAUGCUGCUGCUUAAUGUACCUGAUCAGUUUCUGAGCUUUAACAGAACCAGUUUAAAAUAACAGAAUCCCUGGUCGUAGUUUUAAUUAAAGAAAAGAUCCAAGUCUAAUUUUUUUACAUUUGUGUCACGUGUUUAAAAAUUGUGCCUGUGUUGGUUUUUUAGUUUUUGUUUAAAGAUUAUCACAACUAUUCACUGUUCAUUUUCGCUAUAAAAUGUUUCAGCUCAAAUGCAUUAUGUCACAAGCUGUCGAAAAUCCUAUUUUUAUUUGUUUUGUUUUCUUUAUUUUUUAUAACUUUGGCUGUGAGGUUGUAAUAAUAUUACACUGUAAUAUGUUAACCCAUGCAAUCCAAAAAUGUUUUGAAACAGUUUGUGUUAUUUUUUUUCAGAAUCGAAAUAAUUUUAUAGCAUGGCAGAUUUUUCCUCCGUUGCGCGAGGCCCUGGUGCAUAUCCUCCGUAUGGAGGAUACCAGCCUCAUCAGAUGCAUGGUUUCCAGCCUCCUCUUCCUCCACUUCCUCCUCCUCCAGUAGCCUCCACAGCUGACAAAACUGAAACACCGUCUUCUAACUUACCAGCUUAUGCUCCUCCUUCUUGUCUUUCAUAUCCUCCACCUAGCUGUCCUCCAUCCUAUCCUACAAUCAGCCGUCCUCCAUUGUAUCCUCCAGCUGACCCAUCUCCAUCUGUAGCUGGUGAGGAGUCAGUCAGAGUUGGACUCGCAGGGGUAAAAAGAAAAGGCCUUGCUCAUGAGCUUUUAGGGUUAACUGCAACCACGCAUCACACUUCCUGGACAGUUCUUUGGGAUACAGAGAUGCCUAGUGAGCUGAUGACAAGAUGUCAACCCUUGUUCUGUGAUCUCUGUUCUUCUCCUUUCUCCUCGCCUGUUCAGGCUAAAAUGCAUUAUGAAGGUAAAGGUCAUGAUAAACAUGUCCGUGGCUACUUUGUAAAGCUCGGCUGGUCGUCUUCUAUGAUUCCGCAGAAAAUGGAUUCUUCCGGAAAGUUCCCGAAACGCGAAGAAAUAAAAUGUGAAGUCUGUGAUCUAGAUUUCACAUCGCAACACUGUUUAACACAACAUGUGAUGGGGAAAAAUCAUCAAAAGAAGGUAUCAGGAUCUUCAAACACUAACCCUAAAAUAUUUAAUAAACAGACUAAACGAUGGGAAAACAAUUCUAAAGUUCCUGAGAGCGCCCCUCAGCCGGAGAUUUCAACCCCGUUCUUCUGUGAAGUAUGUAAGGUUGGUGCGCCUUCACAAGCUCAGCUAGACAUGCAUCUUAAUGGAAAAAAUCACAAGAAAAAGAUGGAGAAAAGUAUGGGUGGAAUUAAAAGUGAUGAUUUGAAUGCUAUUCAGAAACGAAUGCAGUUUAAGGUAAGUUUUUGUACUACAUUCAUUAAAACAAAAUGAAAUGUUCUAAA